AUUCGGGACCUGGAGCUGCCGACGUUUCUGCCCUCGCCGAUGGUGUCCGUAUCCACGUGGAUCGCGCGUGUUGACUUUGCCCUACAAGGAGCACGACUGUCAGGAAGCGGAGAUUGGACUGACAACGAACUGUAUUACGUCCUCGGUAACAAGCUACAAGACAACGCUGCACGCUGGUGGGUGCAGAUGGACCAGGAGGUACGCGGCGGUGAGAAGACCCAACGCCGUAUGAUCCCUGGCGAGACCUUCGUCGACUUCGCAGCUGGGUUGCGCGAUCUGUGCGGUCAGAACCGAGUGAGUGAGCGGGUGUCGCUCGCUCAAUUUUACCGCAGCCUGGAGAAGACGACGAGGCAGCUGGUGAAGCAGGCGCCUCGGCCCAGGACACUGAAAGAAGCUGUCGACAAGGCCACCGAA